AUGCAAGCAAAACAAUGUGACUGGCUGCGUGAACGCAUUUCUUCUCCUGCUGAAUCGCAGACAUAUCAAAAUCUAGUGCUUCAUCGUGGACAUACCAGUUUCGCAUUUAUUAUUUUGGAUGUUAUGGAUAAAAACAGUACUCAUUCGGAUAGUUCAUGGCCGCCAAACUUUUGGGGUCAGAUGAUAAUAGCCUUCUCAGUGUCCAUGGUGAUUGGAUUGGUGAUUGGAGGGAUAAUCUGGGCUUUGUUUACUUGCCUGUCCCGUCGCAGAGCCAGUGCGCACAUUUCACAGUGGAGCUCGUCAAUCUCUAGCCGCCGUUCCAGACCUUCUUCUCAGGGCCAUGCUGCCAACAGGACUGGAUUCUACCGUAACAACAGCUGUGAACGCCGUAGCAAUCUCAGCCUGGCCAGCCUCACCUUCCAGCGGCAAGCCUCCCUGGAGCAAGCCAACUCCUUCCCAAGAAAGUCAAGCUUCCGAGCCUCCACUUUCCACCCCUUUUUGCAAUGCCCUCCGCUCCCUGUGGAAACUAACAGUCAGCUGAUUACUCUGGCUCCCACCAGCACCACCACUACCCUUGUGGGGAACACCACCAAUAGCUUAACUCGUCCUGAAUUCCACUGGUCCAACAACAGCCUCCGCAUCUGUCAUUCAACACAAACACCUCCUCCUGCCUAUGAGACCAUCAUUAAAGCUUUUCCAGACUCUUGAACUGGAGUCUUCCUUUAUUUCUUUAAAUGGAGGACUCUCUGUCGUCUGAAGCAGAUUUUCUGUAUGCUCUGAAGGCCUCUGGGAAGCUCCCUGGUGCCGCGGCAUGCCGCAGGCAAACAGAAGGGACAUGCGCAGAUGACGCUGAUUUG